UCGGCAUCUACCUCAUUAAUUACGGAAUUGUCCUCACCCUCUACCUCGUCUUCUCGAGUCUCUCAGCCGUAAAACAAAGUCACACUCUUUGAUUCGGAACUUAAAUUCUGUUUGGUUGGCAAGAAAAAGAAUCGGAGAGAAAACUAAGGAAAAUAAUCCAGAAAGAAAAAAUUAUGUCUCCUCACGGCGACAAAUCGGACGCUGCAGAGGAAGCUUUGGUUGCUGAAACUGAGAAGCGCCCCAUUUCCACCAUCCUCAUCGUGAUCGCUAUGCAGACUGAAGCUCUUCCUGUGGUGAACAAGUUCAACCUCACAGAGGACCCUGACUCCGUGUUCCCAAAAGGGGUCCCUUGGGUCCGGUAUCAUGGGUUUUACAAAGAUCUUCAUAUUAAUUUAGUUUGGCCUGGAAAAGAUUCAUCUUUAGGAGUUGAUUGUGUAGGCACAGUUUCUGCGUCUCUUGUGACCUAUGCUGCCAUUCAAGCGUUACAGCCAGACCUAAUUAUCAAUGCAGGCACUGCCGGUGGCUUUAAGGCCAAAGGAGCGGGCAUCGGUGAUGUGUAUCUCGCAUGUGAUGUUGCUUACCAUGAUAGAAGGAUACCUAUUCCUGUGUUUGAUCUAUAUGGAGUUGGUUUACGACAAGCCUGUGUAUCACCCAAUCUUCAAAAGGAACUUAACCUAAAGGCCAGCUUACCCCUUCACAGCAAUGUCAUCAACAGGGGAUAA